UAAAAUUGAGGGGCUGAAACUACAAUUUUCGCUAAACCUCAGUGGAACGUUUAAAGAGUUUUCUGGAACCUGAGCUCGCGGGAAGCCCAUUCUUUUUCCAGAAUAGUUUGAGAGUAGAGAAAAAAUGGAAGCUGAAGCAGCGUUGGAGUUAGUGAAGCAGGGCGCUACAUUGCUACUUCUAGAUGUUCCUCAAAGCACCCUCAUCGGUAUUGAUACACAGAUGUAUUACUCUGGCCCUAAUUUCAAAGGCGUGAAGAUGAUCCCUCCUGGUGUCCACUUCAUCUAUUACAGUUCAUCCAACAGAGAAGGGAAUGAGUUCUCACCAAUAGUUGGUUUUUUCGUUAAUGCGAGCCCUUCAGAGGUAAUUGUUAAGAAAUGGGAUCCAAAGGAGGAGCGAUUUAUCAAAUUAUCUGAAGAAAAGGAAGAAAGAUAUGUUCAAGCGGUGAAAAAAUUGGAGUUUGACAGACAACUUGGCCCUUAUGCAUUGGAUCAGUACGGAGAUUGGAAGCGCUUAUCUAACUUUAUUACGAAGAGUACCAUUGAAAAUCUAGAACCUAUUGGAGGAGAAAUCUCAGUUGUUUCUGAAUCUGACAUGGUUGAGAAUGUUCAUAAGACAGCCAUUGAAAAAGUCUUGGCUGAGCAGUUGAAGAGUAGCAAGUUCUCGAAGCCUGAUCAGAAAUCGCCAAGUAAAGGUUGUUAUUACACCUCAAUUCCGCGUGUUAUCAAGCUAAAGGGAGCUUCAGGACAAGAUCUUACUAACAUGAAUCUUGACAAGACACACAUAUUGGAGACCAGCCUGACCAAGCAAUAUGGUGGUUCAGAAGAUUCACUUCUGGGAGAACUACAAUUUGCCUUUGUAGCAUUUCUGAUGGGACAGUCACUUGAAGCUUUUCUGCAGUGGAAGCUUUUAGUCAGCCUAUUACUUGGCUGUUCAGAAGCUCCUCUCCACACAAGGACUCAGCUAUUCACCAAGUUCAUCAAAGCAAUAUAUUAUCAGUUGAAAUUUGGAUUUCAAAAGGAUAGAAAGGAUACUGGCAGGGCAGAGAAGGGUGCAAUGACUUCGUUGGACAAGUCUUUGUUGUCUGCUGAUAACUUCCUCCGCCACCUUUGUAAGGAAUUCUUCUCAUUGGUGCUUGAUGCCCCCGUGGUUGAUGGAGACCUCCUGACUUGGACUAGAAAAUUGAGAGAGCUGCUUGAGCAGACUCUUGGAUGGGACUUCCAGCAGAACAGUGCAGUCGAUGGAAUGUAUCUUGAAGAAGAUGAUGAGUUUGCUCCAGUGGUGGAGAUUCUAGAUGAUACUGAUCAUUGAAACUCAAAGCAAUAUGAAUAUGAGACGCGAUCCAAAUGUAAUUAGCUGUUUGCCAAUGUUGAUGUGUCAUGUUUGCUGUUGAAAGAUUCUGGUCCAUCAGGCUAACACACUCCACUUAUUUGACAGCUCGAGUAACAAGAAUGGUGCAUGCGUCCAGUCAAAAGAUGAAGUUAAACAUGGAACCAGAAAGUGGUAUUUUAUUUCUUUAUAGAAGUCCUAUGCUAAAUCAUAUCAAGUUAUUGAGAUCAUUGAACGGCAUCAGAUUUGCCUGGUGUAAACUUGUCACUAGAGAAUUAUGUGACUAUUUGUCUGUGUAUUACUGCAACAACUGAAGGGGAAGCUUGUCGUUUUUCACAUGUAAUGAAUAUGAGAAUUCUGAUCAGGAUCCUUUAUCACUAAACCUGAUGGAACUGAAUAUGACAAUUCUGUGGAGAAACCAUUUAUGAUGAUAUCUUAUAUACUCUGGAGAUUGCCUAAGCUGCUAAAUUCCAGAACUCUCAAUCUUUCA